UAGGAUAAGAAAGGGAGAUGACACUGAUAAAAAACAAAAGAAAAAGAAAUAAAGCUGGCAAGUGUUAAUAAUAGUUUUAGUUAAAAAAGUAGUAAUUAUAGGUUUCUUCUCCGUCUCAAUUACGUUCAUCUCUUCUCUUCUCUUCUCUUCUCUUAACCUAAUUCCCCAAUCAAUCCUUUCAUCCAUUCUUUCCUGUGACUGUGUGUUGGAUCUUCACAGACCAUGGCCAAAAGCUCCUUCAAACUUGAGCAUCCCUUAGAAAGAAGGCAGGCCGAGUCUGCUCGCAUUAGAGACAAGUAUCCUGAUAGAAUACCGGUGAUUGUUGAGAGAGCGGAAAGAACUGACAUUCCAGACAUCGACAAGAAGAAGUACCUUGUCCCAGCGGAUUUGACUGUUGGUCAAUUUGUUUAUGUUGUUCGUAAAAGGAUCAAGGUCAGUGCGGAGAAGGCUAUUUUUGUGUUUAUCAAUAACACAUUACCUCCAACUGCCGCAUUGAUGUCUUCCAUUUAUGAGGAAAAUAAGGACGAUGAUGGCUUUCUUUACAUGACUUACAGUGGAGAGAACACUUUCGGUUCCCACUAAAUUUAAUAAUUUAUGAUGAACUCUGUAAAUAGAUGCUGCAAGUUCUGUUGUCUAUAGUCAAUGCAUAUCCUGUUUAUUGUUAAUGGUAUGGUUUACGUAUAUAUUGAGCAGGAUUUUCCUGCUCUUUGAUUAUGUGUAUUGUUCUAAAAAUAUGAAUUUCAAUAUAUGAAUUUAUAUUUUAUGCUGACA